AUAUAUAUAUAUAUAUAUAUCUCCAUAGUAGCAAAUAUAUAAAUCGAAUCGAGAUUCAACAGUGCAGAAAAUUUAUUUCUUUAAUCAGCCAAUCAGGACCGCAGAGGUGUGGGCGUGGACGGGAAUGGGCGUCAUGGAUAGGGUGGGUGGCAGUGCGCGGAGCCGAGUGACUGUGGUUGGUGGGUUGCAGUGUGGGUGACUAGAGUCACGUACACAAAAAUCGUGGGCAUCCCCAAAGACACGUGUCCUCGGGGAGCAGCAGAUAAACGUCGCAAAAGUGUGGCUGCAGGAACGUGUUGACUGAAACUUGUCCCGUGGUGUUAGUAACUGGCUGGGAUUCCUCGCCUCGCCUCCACCCUCAUCCCCCACCGCCACCGCUCCUCCUCCACUUCCCCCCACCCCGCCGCUCCUCCACUUCCACCUCCCCCACCCCACCGCUCCUCCACUCUCACCUCUCCCACCCCGUCGCUCCUCCUUCACCGUGUCUGGGAUUCCCUCACCCCUCCUUGCCUCCCUCGGUCUUGGUUUUCUCAUCUCCUCCCUCAUCAACCCUGGCUUCUCUUUCUGGUUAUUCUACGCAUCAUCAUUCACCAAUGUUAUAAUUCCGCAGCACUACAUCUGUGUCACCUUGCUCGCAUUACGGUAUCAUUAGUGUUUGAACAGCCCCGCUGGUAGAAACAGAGUACUAAUGAGUCACCACGGAGUAUAACAAGCUUGCUCAUAUUCAAACGACGUAGUUGUAGGAAAACUGAAAUGUGGUGGAGAAAUAAUAAAUAUAGACUAUCUUGAGGAACACUUCGAACCACCACCAAGUUAUUUCGACUCGUCAAAAUGAACCCUUGUUUAUUCACUCGAGUUCCACCACAAUUGUAGUAUUGCAGUGUAGGAUCCUGUGAGCACAUGGAAUUUCAUCGACAGCUACCUCAGUAGUGUUGAGGCGACCAACAGAAAGUAGGAAAAUACCAUGUCACUAGAAAACCACGUGCGUCGUCCCUGCGUGCCUGCCUCUUGCGUACCUUCCCCAUGCGGACAGUCGCCUGGAUGCCGCAGAGGGUUCACGCGGCAGAAGCGUGUUGAGACUGCGCGGUGCGUGAGGCGGCGGCGGGGUGUUGGUGAUAAUCUGGCUGGGCCAUAUAUCAGUGGGAAGCAAGCGCCCUCAACAGGUGUGAAUUGUGCUUUGUCUGAGUGGCGUUUUCAUGUUGAGACGAAUGACGGAAUGGGCGAGGCGUUGAUAAUGACAGAGUAAUGGUGUACAUCACGAUGGCUGCCUUUUGAUGAGGCGUCAGUAAUUGGCCGACCUCUGCCUUGCACGAUCAUGAGGGAGGACGAGGCCGCGUCUGGCGUCUACCCACGUCACCACCCCAAGCAAGUAAUAGACAGAAAACCGGACCACCAAAUUAAUUUCUUCCCGUCUGUCCUACACGUGUAAGGAAGAGUCGUCCUCAUGAAGAAAUGUGUGAGCUGGUACUGUUUCUAAUAAACCGAGAACCUUUACGAAAAGUAUAGUUCAGUAAUAUAAGUAAGAGCGUUUGGGUUAUUAUAAAAGCAAGUUUGUUUUAUGUUGUAAGGAAUAUGCUUUUCAAAAUUUAGUGUAAAUAGGAUUAUAUCUUUAUUUUCCCAUAUACCUUCCUGU